CCAUUUUUUAAACCCCUACCGGAGUUGUAGCUUUUUAUUGUAUUCCGAUUUAUUGACGUGGUUGCAACCGGCUGAUAUAGGGUUUUUCCGCCCCUUUAGUCAGUGAUCUGCUUAGUGAUAUCUUUCCGCGGAACUUCACCAGAACGAGGUGCCACAACGCCAGGGUUGAGAAAUCCGUGAAUCGAAAUUAAAGUGAUUCUUUUGAAGAAACCACAUAAUGGCGACAAGGAAUGCUUUGAGGUUUGUGUCUCGUAGGUUUUCCGGCAGUGGAAAAGUUCUUGGGAAGGAGGAACAAGCUGCAGAAAAUGUGUAUAUCAAGAAAAUGGAGCAAGAGAAACUGGAGAAGCUCGCCCGAAAGGGCCCCACAGCUGAAGAACAAUCAGCUGCUGGCUUGAGGGGUUCAGAUUCUGUAACCGAUGCCAAACCAGGUGUUAAGGCUUCAUCCUCAACACCCGGGGUGUCUAAUGACAAUUACCGAAACUAUGGGGUUUUGGCUGGAAUCAUAGCUGGUGCUGGUGCUCUGGGAUGGUAUUUGAUGUCAAAGGAGGACAAGAAGGUAGAUGUACAGGACUGAAGUAUUACAUAUUUUUUUUAAUAGGAAGCAAAACAACAACUGCUCUUGUCUAUGUUCUUGUAUGGUUUUCUCUUGGGUUUUGAACUUCUCUUCCAUAUUUGAACUCUCUAAACUAAAAUUGAUGUUUUCCUUAGCUUUUCAUGAGCACUGAAAUAUCAUUUUAUGAUUAGAUUUUGUCACCCUUUCAGUUUUGAUAUUGAGUUUGGUGGCGGUAAAUUUGAUGCAGAAGCAACUCAAAUGUGUGAUUG